AUGGCACUGGUUGGCUAUCUCACUUUGAAUUGCACACGGAAGAAGUACAAGAAAGCAUCGAAACAUAGACCGUACAUACCACCGUGAGUUCAUUUUUACUAUAAUUUUUAAGUUUGUUAAAAGUUUAGGACAAUUUUUUGAACUUUAAAAAAUUCCGCCAAAGCAUAAAACUUUUGGCAUUAUGUUUCAAAGGCUUUUAAAGUAAUAUUAACUUUUCAAAUACGUUUAAAAUAAGUUAAAUAAGGAUUUUAGAGCAUGUGUCAAUUGAUAAAUUCAAAAUAACACCUUGCAACAGAAUGCCAAAAAUGGCGCCAAAAUUGAGUUUUAAAUUUUGUUAUUUUUGAAGUUUUUAAAGACUGUAAAAUACGAAAUUAUAUAUUUUUUUUGAGUUUUUGUCAGUAUUUUUUGUUUAGAAGGACAAACAGAAGCAGCUGAAACAGAAUGCCAAAAAUGGCGCCAAAAUUGGUUUUUGAAUUCUUUUGGCCAUUUACGAAAAAAUUUGAAAGUAGGCUUUUUAAGCCUGUGUUUGAUUCAACAACUGUAAAAUUUUAAAAAUAACAAUUGAAGCAGAAUGCCAAAACUGGCGCCGAAAACAAUUUUUGAAUUUUUUACAAAUUUUUAGAUUUAAAUUGUACAAAUUUAAAAAAUUAAACUUAAAAAAAUUAUACAUUUUAGCGAAGGCGACUUACCCCUCCUUCCGCUUGAUAAAACCCAAAAAAGUCAGAGCCAUAGAGAAACGAAAAACAGUGCCAAAAGUCCCAAAACUGCGCGAAAUUUCCUUCCAAAGGCCAAGAAACCAAAGGAGAAGAAGUCGAAUAAGGAGCUGCCAAGUGAACUAGUCAGUCAGUCGUCUAAAAAACAAACCAGCAAGAAGGUUCAGAGCAGGUCACAGUCAAGAUCAGUGAAAGAGGAUAAGGAGUUAAAGGAGAAGAAGGAAAGUCCAAAGCAUAAGAACAAGCCUAAGGAAAGCUCGAAGAAGAAGUCUGAUAAGAACAAGAAAGAGAAGGGAAUGAUCAAGGAGAAGAAGAUCAAGGAGAAGAAGAUCAAGGAGAAGAAGAAGAACACUCCAGUUGGGAACUCCAAAAGUACUGCCAGGUCAAACUCAGCGGAAGGGGAAGUAAGUUCACUUCAAUUUAUAUUAAAGUAGCUUUAGCUAAGAACCCAGCCCAAAGCUCUAGCCCAGAGCCCUAGCUCAGAUCCCUAUCCCAGAGCCUUAGGCUAAAGCCCUAGCCCAGAGCCCUAGCCCAGAGCUCUAGGCCAAGAGCCCAGAGACCAGAGCUCAGAGCCCAGAGCCCUAGCCCAGAGCCCAGAUUCCAAGACCAGAGCUCUAGCCCAAGGCCCUAGCCCAGAACCCUAGCCCAAAGUCCUAGCCCAGAGCCCUAGCUUAGAGCCCUAGCCCAGAGCCCUAGCCCAGAGCCCUAGCCCAGAGCCCUAGCCCAGAGCCCUAGCCCAUAACUCGGAAGCCUAAGCUUAGAGCCCUAGCCCAAGACCCUAGCUUCAAGCUUUAGCCCCGAGCCCUAACUUUUGCUCUAGCCCCCGUCUUGUCUCUGCUUUUGCUACGCUUUAUCCUAAAUUAUCCUACUCAAGCCUUUUUUAACCCGCCUUACUCUAGCCCGAUACAUGUUAAACUCACCCUUAGUUCUGGUCUUAGUCUAACUAAGUCUUGCCAAAACCUACUUUAUCGUACUCAAGCCUUGUUUACUCUGCUCUAAUCUAGUCAGACCUACAGUAAUUAUAACCUAGGUCCUGCUAUAGUCUUGCUGACUUACUUUAUCUUAUCGUAGGCUAGUUUACCUUGUCCUAUCUUAGAAAAAUGGUCUUGUUCUACUCUUGAUGGGUCCAAAAUUUUUUCCGUAGUAUAUCUCAUGGUGUAGUACCAUGAAAUUCAUUUUUUAAUUAUCACUACCGUGUUUUAUAUUUGCAGACAGACCGAACGCAAAGAUCGAAUUCAAUAAAGACGAUGAUUCCAUUGGGGCAGCGAAGGAACGAAGGUACGGCGGAGACACAACAGACAACUGACAAAAAUAACACAUACGAGAAAGAAGCAGAACAUAAAAGUGUAAGUUUAGUAUUAUGUUUGUACUAAAUAGUACUAAAGAUACUACAUAGUAUUAGUACUACAAUUUUAAAAAUAAAAAAAAUUAAUUUUAGCUCAAGAGCUGUGCCUCAAACGCACCCACGAUAUUCGACAAUGAGCUGGGAUCACAUUUGAUGAAGGUUGGCCAUUACACCAGUCCAAAGGUCGAAUCCACGCCCGCGACAGAGUCCGGUCCUUCUCAAAUGAAGAGCGCAUUCGAAAAGUCUGGCUACAAGAACGCCACCCCCGACGAAAAAGAAAACUAG